CACAAAGUCGCCCAUGAUGGCAUCUAGAGAUGAGGCCCAGCAUGUGGUGGAAUGUGACCUGUGUCAGCAACCAGUCUCGUUUUUCUGCAGACGAUGCGGGGUCAAUCUCUGUGACCCCUGUGUCCUCAUACAUCUGCGCGUAAAAUCCAAGAACGGCCAUGACAUUGUAGAUUACACCAGCAAGGAUGAUGACGACACAUGCCACUGUGAUUCCCAUCCCCAAAACGAUUGUUCUGCAUACUGCAAAACUUGCGAAACUCCAAUAUGCAUGCUUUGCGUUACUAUUAAACACAAAUCGCACGAAAUAUCCGAGCUGUCCGAUAAAAUUGAGGAACUUUUGAAAGUGAUUGCUACGGAAAAUGAUAGGCUUCAGUCAUCCAAACAUGAAUUAGAGACAAUUUUGGAACAUACGACGAAGCUGUUGUCCUCGAUAUCAUUGAUUUAUCAACUGAGGAAAGAUGAAGUUACAGCGCGGGGAGAAGAGUGGCACAAAGAGAUCGAGAAGAUCGUGAAGAAACUUCACCAGGAACUGGAUGACAUGCAAAAGGAACACGAGGAUGUUCUACAGAAACAAAAGGAAAAAUUUGAAGAAAUGGUUUGGAAAGUGAAUAAAAUAAAUGGAAAAACAGUAAAAUUACAGAAAUCAAAGAACGUCACAGAAAUGCAGAGUUUUGUAGCAGUGAUUCAGAAACAAGAGAGUUUAAGUGAGGUAUCCCAGUAUUCGUUUCCGAAAUUAUAUGAAUAUAAAAUAGAUGAAUAUUUGGAAAAUAAAUUAAAAGAAAAUGAGUUAUCGGGUAGAAUUAUAUCAGAGAUACCAACAGUUACUUCUGUUAUAGACACUGGGUUCCCUGCUGAUGAAAAGUAUAAAGGUCGUCUGUAUGACAUGGCCGUUACCGACGACAACAAAGUGUGGAUGGGAGGACAGAGCAGAGAACUGAAGUUGUUUGAUCUCCAGGGACACCUCCACCACACCGUCAGCAUUACUGACCGAGGCAUGUACUUAUGUAUGUACAACCAACAAGUAGUGUACACAGGAACUGAAGACGUGAAAAUGAUAUCGGACACCGACACUGUGGUGACGAUGUUCACUACCGGGGACUGGAAGCCAUACGGCGUCACAAGCGCGGCGUCCGGUGAUCUACUGGUCUGUCUCCGUAAACACGAUCAGAACAAAGUCGUCCGAUACAGCAGUACCGGUACCGUUCUCCAGGAAAUCCAGUACGACUCGCAGUGUCAACCUCUGUACAAAUCGGCCUAUUACAUCGCUGAGAAUGUCAACGGGGACAUCAUUGUAACUGACUGGGAGAAAAACGCAGUCAUUGCUGUCGAUAGAUUGGGCAUAUUCCGGUACUCGUACUCAGGGAAGGACACUAAAUACGUUUGUUCAGUCGCCACCGAUUCUGUCGGUCACGUCAUCGUUACAGGUGGUUUUGGUAACAAGAUUUCCAUGCUGAACAAAGGCGGACGAUUCCUGAGGUACAUCAUUCCUGAAGGAGGAAUAAAACAACCAGGCGGCGUGUGUAUCCUUGGUCACGGUGAGAUGAUGGUGGGAGAGAGUCUGACCGGAAUUGCUAAAAUAAUCAAAUACGUAGAAGAAUGAGGAUUCAUCAGUUUUAAUCAAUGUCAAAAUAGAAAUGUGAUGGUUAUUUAUGAACAAAUAGAGAAAAAUCAUUUAUUGUUUCAAAGUGGCUCUGAAGUAAACCAUGAUAUAAUAAACUGACUGAAGUACCUACUGUCUGAACGUGGUAAAUCUAUUAAAUUGUAUUGUGUGAUUCAAUAUUCCUAUUUCUAUGUUACCUUUUUUUUUUAUUUUCUUCAUACACAUUUUGUUUACAAUAACCCAAUCUGAGUAAGUCAAAUUCCGGUUUUAUUAAGAUCUUUCGCUUCCGAGCGGAAGAGCUUACUAUUAUUCUGAAAAUUUUUCAAAUUACUUACUUUUUCUUCUAGACGCCAACCUUGAUCCUUAAUAUUUCGCUGGUUUUCUACCUGAUAAUAAAAUUGUUAAAAGAUGUAUUUAAAAAAUUGUGGGCCUUUCUGAGACCUUUCAUUCAGUAUACAAAAAAGGACUGGUUCCUAUAAUUAGGGGGCUAGAGGCUUAAAUCAAAAGUUUUUUGUCAAUAACUUGUAAAGGAAUAAAAAUUUCUAAUGCAUUAUUGGGGCAAAAUUGUAAAAAAAAUUAAUUUCAAUUCCAUCCGCAGUAUUGAAUUUGAUGUUUGUGUAAAAUAUAGACAGUAUUUGCAUACUUUAUUUUUGCCAGUUCGGUCUAUUUUCGUGAUGGUGUGCACGUUAAGAAGUUAUGAAAUGGCUUCUUGUUAUGCACUAAUUGAUGCAUGCAACGCGUAUAGAUAAUUCAUUUUUUAAUUUUUUAAUUCCCAUCUAUUUUUUUUAUUGUAAAUAUUGUUUUUAUUGAUAUGUAAAUUUUUAUUUAAUAAAUAUGA